AUGAGAAGAACAACCACCACAUCAUCAUCAUCUUCGUCGCCACCACCUUCUUCACCUCAACAACAACAAAACCAUUCUCAACAAGCAUCCAUGCCCUCAAACAGUUCCAACUUUACAUAUUCUCAAAACAGUGCAUCGGGAACAAACAGUCACACUAUCAAUCACUCGAACAACAACAACAACAAUUCAAUGCUCUUUUCUGCCAUGAUGAUGGAUGCCUUUCAAAAUAACUUGAACAACCAACAUUCACAUACAACAACUUCAUCCAUUAUUGGUACUACUCAUCGACCACAAAUAUCUUUGUAUCAUUCCUUUGAUGACGACCCCUAUUGCCCACCCACACAAUCUCUCAAUAACAACAAUAAUAUUGGAAUGCAAAAUUACCGUAAUGAGACUGGGAACUCGGAACAUGAUACAAAAAAACGGAAAAAUGGGACCAUAGAAGAUUCUUCCAACAAGAAGAUCAAGAAGGAUCGUCAUCCUUCUCUCACAGGAACCGUUGAGAUUGUAGGUGCAACAACCACCUCUCAGAAACCAAAGCGAUUGGUAUGGACUCCUUCCUUGCAUGAUCUAUUUGUUAAAGCUGUUGACAAGUUAGGAUUGUAUGAAGCUCGUCCUAAAGAAAUUCUUCAACUGAUGAAUGUGGAUCAUAUUACAACAACACACAUCAAGUCACAUUUGCAGAAAUAUCGAUCUCAGUUCAAGAAGGGUAAUGGUGCCAAUCAAAACGUUGCACCUUCGAAUUCUAGCAAUUCCUUGAACAACCAAGAAGAAAAUUCUGCAGAUGGUACUGGCGACGAGCAAGAUGUUGCAUCAGCAAGAUUAUCUCCAACGAGAGUGCACGUCAAAUCAGAGCAACAAUCUACUACUAGCCAUUCUUCCUCUUCCAGUUCCUCAGGCCAUCAUCCUCAUGUCAAUAAUCAAGCUAAUAUGACAACAACAAACUCGUCCAAUGCACAUACACCCCAGCCAAAUACAAACCAUGAUCUAAUUUUUGGCAAUUUAAGUGACAUGUUCCCUCUGAUAGGUCAGCAACAAGUUGAAUAUUUGAAGGACUUGCUGACUUCAGUCUCUGUGAAUGCGAAUUCAGCUGGUAAUAACAACAACAACACUCUACCAUCCACUUCAAACACCACCAAUAGCAUCACUGUAAAUGUUCAACCAUCCUUUCCAUACAAUACGAGCUCAGCAACGACAUCUGGCCAGAGUGUCAAUACUUUGCCCCCAAAUUUUCACAUCAUCCAAGUGAAUAAUAAUGCAUCACCACAGCACCCAAUCGGUUUUAAUGCAGUUUUGGAUCAAAAUGGAAAUCUCAACACCUCUUACAAUCCAAUGACUUGUCAUAAUGACAAUGAACAUCUCAAUGAAUAUCUAGGAAUUCUCAGACAAAUUUGCAAGUCUGAGCAUGAUAUUUAUCAAAUAUUUGAAAAGAUGCAAGAAGGAGUACGAGAUCAACGAGAUUUAAAUUUUGUUAUUGAAGGAUUCCGCUUAGGAUUCUUGUGUGGAAUUAGAUUCCACAAUAAUUUUUCGUCCACAACAAACACCUCCUUCACAACUUCAAAUCAACAACAACAACCCACAAACAAUGCAUCUUCCCCCUCUACCAAUCCUUCUCAUUCCUACAAUAGACACCACCAAUAA